CGUCUCUUCCGGGCGCUCGCCCAUAACUGGCGCAUGCGCGGCAGUAGCGCUCCUUUUCUUUGCUGCCGCCGCCGCCAUGGGUCGCAUGCACGCUCCCGGCAAGGGCUUGUCCCAGUCGGCUCUACCUUACAGACGAAGUGUGCCCACGUGGCUAAAGCUCACAUCUGAUGACGUAAAAGAACAGAUUUACAAGCUGGCAAAGAAGGGGUUGACCCCAUCACAGAUUGGUGUGAUCUUGAGGGAUUCCCAUGGUGUUGCCCAGGUGCGUUUUGUUACUGGGAACAAAAUCCUCAGGAUCCUCAAGUCCAAGGGCCUGGCUCCUGACCUUCCAGAAGAUUUGUACCAUUUGAUCAAGACUGCUGUGGCUGUGCGCAAGCAUUUGGAGAGGAACAGGAAGGAUAAAGAUGCCAAGUUCCGUUUGAUUCUUAUUGAGAGCAGAAUCCACAGACUGGCCCGGUAUUACAAGUCCAAGAGGGUGCUUCCACCCAACUGGAAGUAUGAAUCCUCUACUGCUUCAGCACUUGUAGCCUAAGGACUCUCUUCAUUGACUGAAUGGAUCUCAGAAAAAAUAAAUCAAUUUGUCAUGCUAA